AUGGCUGCAGCCGAACAAUCGUCCUCGUGGACAUCGCUCCUCGAAAGGACCGGAAACCAGCUCCCAAUCCCCACACCCGCCCAUGGAUCAGCCUUCAAGCAGUAUCUGCAUCUGUGUCGUCCCUUGUGGAAAGCCGCCCGGGAAGGCGACUACUCAAAGUUCUGCAAGCAUGCCGAGAUCAAUCCUGAGAAACCUCCCGCCAGCCUCCCCCGCAAGCUCGGACAGGAGAUCCGUCAGCGAGGCGAGGAAAACGAGACCCUGCUGCACGUCGCCAUUCUCAACAGCGACCCGAACCCGCGCGACGCCAGUGGAAAUCGAGUGGAUGCAACAUCGUCUGGAUCGUACAGGAUCGUCCAGCUGUUGCUAAAGUAUUCUUCUUGGUUGGCAAACGAGCCAUACGGCGAGGGCCGCUACCAAGGAGAGACGCCGCUUCACCUCGCUGCCGUCAAAGGCCAUCGCGCCAUAUUCGAUCUUCUCGUGGAGAAUGGUGGCCAAGAAACCUGCUGCGACCAUAGCGUCGGCGAGCCCUGUUUCGACGACUGGUUUGAUCCAAAUGACGACGACUCUGGCCCCGUGUCCGGAAGAGCGUCCGCGCUCUCAAACUACUCCAACGACCCAGAGCCCCUUCUCCCCGAUGAGACCCCUGAUGCAACUUCGGGAUCCAGCGGCCAGAUGCUCUCUGCUGGCCCGACCGAGGGAAACAAUGACAGCAGCGAAAGCACUCGGCUGGACGCUCCGCCUCCCCUGUCCGGUGCCGCAUUCAGACCCGAUGAGCAGAACGGCUACAUGUACUACGGGUCCUUUGCCGCCGUUGCUGGAUCGAACGAGAUUGUGGAGAAGCUGCUGGAGCGCUACGGCAACUUCCGCAAACGACAGCGAUCCGGCUGUGUCCAAACCGUCGGGCCAUCUUGUGCAGUCGAGGAUAAUGGCAACACUGUGCUGCAUAUCUUGGCGUACUGGGGUCUGUUCAACUCUGCGAACUCUCAGAAGGAAAGCUGCUGGGAUGUGAUUGUCCGCUACUGCGACUCGGUUUACGGACGUGCCUCCCGAUCCCACCCAUUUAAUAUCCGAAACAACGACAAUCAAACACCCUUUCUCCUGGCCAUCUAUCGCGGACAUGCUGAAAUACUUGACAAGAUGAAGGUCCCCAUGUGGGAGUUUGGCAUGUCUCGCUCGUACAUGUUCAGGGUCGACGAGAUCGAUACCUGGAGAGACAAGGACAUCACCGAAACUGGCGCCCUCACCCCUCUCGUGCGACAUCUGACCGAUGGCCAAAUCAACAGCGGCGAAUAUUCCCAUCUCUUCACAAAGUUCUCGCCCACCAUCCGCGUCAAGUCGGCCAUCAAGGUGGCCAUCGAAAAGGGGUACCACCAUCUGUUGGCACACCCGAUCAUGCACUCGGUCCUGCGCCUCAAGUGGGAGGCCUCGGUGCGCAGGGCCUUCAAGUUCGACCUGUACCUGCAUAUCGUCUUUAUUGUGGCGUUCUCGAUUUCGUUCAUGCUGCUGCCCUCGCGCUACGAACAGUGGAAGGUGUUCAUCGUCCAAGGCUCGGGCUGGCGCCAUAAUGCGGCGCAGUGCCUCCGGGGUGUGCUGGAAGCCUUGUCGGUCAUACUCGUCGCCAUCAUCACCGUCCGCGAGGUUAUGUUUUCGCUUGCUCGCAAGCAGUGGCCGUCCUACCGCCCGACUCCUGGAUCUGGCUCCGGCGCAUCCUCAGCCGCCAGAACCCCCGACACCGCUACGCGACAGACCCGAGCCCAGACUCCAAACCCUGUCUCAAGUCCGGAGUCAACCACUGCAUCGCAGCUCUUCUCUGUGCUCCAGGACAAGGCCAGGUCCCUGAUCACUCCCCUGGGCCCUUCCAACAUCCUCGUGUGGUUUUAUGACCUUACCACGUGGUCGCUCAUGUUCCUCGUGUCAGCAAUCGUCGUGAUCCGAUAUGCCCCCGUUCCCGGCGAAUACCAAGGGACGCAGUACCUACUGGAGAGCAACGCCGUUAUCCUCCUUGCUCUGGCCGGCUGGCUCCGCUCGCUCUACUUUGGAGUGGGCUUCCCAGGCGUGGGCACGCUGGUGGUGGCCAUGUGGAGCUGCAUCACCCAGGAUCUAGUCAUCUGGUCGGUGAUCUAUGCCAUCACGUUCUUUUCCAGUGCUCAAAUCUUUAGUCUGCAGAUGAGAGACCACUCAGGCAACAGCAACCCCGACGCAGUGCACUGGUCCAGCGCAUCGAUUGCUAUGCUGUCGCAGUUUGGAUUCCUCUUUGGCCAGGGACAGCCGCUCGACGAGUUCUCGACCUCCAUCGACAAGACGUUCACCCUGAUCGCGUACUCGAUUUACCAAAUCGUCACCGCCAUUUUGCUUCUGAACCUCUUCAUCGCCAUGCUCAACAAGACUUUUAUGGAUGUCUAUGAGAACUCAGAGACUCACUGGCACUAUCAGUGGGCAAUCCUUGUCAACCACAUCGACAGCCGCGUGCCAGCCGUCACGACCGAGCAAAGGAUGAACAUGAGGGGCGUGUCGCCACUCCUGCUGCCUUAUGUGUACUGGAUGAAGCGCUUUGGCAUCAGUCCGCGAGUGCCCAUGGGCAUUCCAAUGCCUCUGCACCUCAUCAAGACACGAAGCUCCCGCAAGCGCGGGCACGCUCGGGACACCUCCGUGCCCUUCGACCUUGUGCCUGAAGCGCCAGCCGACCCCGACAAGCUGGCCCCAUUGCCUUUGAGCUCGUCCCGUCUGCACGAACGCUUCGUGACCGCCAACUUUUUGAUGGUCCGCGAGCGCUGUGACGGCUACUCCCCCAACGACCGGAUGCGCAAGUUUAUUCCUGUCAAGCUCAUCUCAGGCUACACAGAGUAUCGUAUUCGAGGCUUCCAGCUGUCCAAGAUCUGGGAUAGCUGGGAGAACGCUCCCGAGAGGGUAUCCGUUCCCAAUUCAGGACAAGAGGAGCUCAAUGAGGGCGCACCGCACUCGCCGCAUUCACAGGCCCACCAUCUGAAUGGCGGCUUGAGCUCCUCGUCGGCCCAGCCGAGUCCAAGCAUCCUUAGUGCACACGGCGCAAACACCGGGCUCCGUCACCGGCCGCUGAAAUUCGACCCCAUCAACACCAGCUCUGGGGCCCGAUAG